GCGUGUUGAACCCAGCAACAGGGCAGCGUGCCGAAUUGAGAAAAAUCGAUCACGCCGCAAAAUAUCUUGAACCCCUUUCUGCGUGGUUUUCCUCAAAAUACCAUCCUAAAUAUACUUACAUGGACCACCUUUCGUCUUUCGGGAACGACCCGUUUGAUAAGCCGCCGUGCAGAGGCUGCUCGACGUACCUCGCCGAGCCUUACAUCAAGUGUGCAGAAUGCGGACCUUCACCUUUCCUUCUGUGCCUCCAGUGUUUCACCAGAGGCUUCGAAUACAAGAAACAUCAGAGUGAUCACAAGUAUGAAAUCAUGACGUCAGACUUUCCCGUCCUUGAGACCGGCUGGUCGGCGCAGGAGGAAAUGGCUCUGCUGGAGGCUGUAAUGGACUGCGGCUUCGGGAACUGGCAGGACGUGGCCUACCAGAUGCGUAGCAAAAGCAAGGAGGAGUGUGAGAGUCACUACAUGAAGAAUUUCAUCAACAAUCCUCUCUUCUCCUCCACGCUGCUCAGCCUGCGAAAAACCAAAGACGCUCGUUUUGCUGACGGCGCCAUUCCUUUCAAACCGAGCGAAGACCCUCCUCGCCCCACGUUUGACUCGGUGCUGUCCAGGGACAUGGCGGGAUACAUGCCAGCCAGAGCUGACUUCAUGGAGGAGUUUGACAACUAUGCCGAAUGGGAUCUGAAAGACAUCGACUUUGUGGAUGAUGACUCAGACGUCCUGCGUGCACUCAAACUGGCUGUGGUGGAUAUUUACCAUUCAAGAUUAAAGGAGCGACAACGCAGGAAGAAAAUUAUUCGCGAUCACGGACUCAUCAACAUGCGAAAAUUCCAAAUUCUGGAGCACUGCUACCCGAAAGAGGUUCAAGAACUCUACGAACUCAUGAGACGAUUUGCCAGAGUCACAGGACCCCUCGAACACGACAAAUUUAUCGAGAGUCACACGUUGGAGUUUGAGCUCCGGCGGGAGAUCCGAAGGCUGCAGGAGUAUCGCACGGCGGGCAUCAAGUCUUUCUACAGUGCCAAAGUGUACGACCGCACAAAACGUCUGCGCGAGGACGAGCGGCGUAAGAGGACCGUGUUGUGCGACGUGCUGCAGUACAUCCAUGACGGGCGAGCGUGCCAGCAGUGGCUCAGCAAGCAGGCCGCCAUAGACGCCGGAAUCACACCGGCUGUCACGACAAUCACAACAUCAGCAACAGGCAGAAGGAGCGCACCCCCUCUCAACCUGACUGGACUGCCUGGUACAGAGAAGCUCAACGAGCGAGAGAAAGAGCUGUGUCAGGUGGUGCGUCUGGUGCCCGGCGCGUAUUUGGAAUACAAGCAGGCGCUGCUGAACGAAUGCCGUCGCCAAGGUGGCCUUCGUCUAGCGCAGGCACGAGCGCUCAUCAAGAUCGACGUCAACAAAACGCGCAAGAUCUACGACUUUCUCAUCCGGGAAGGAAGCAUCACCAAGGCCUAGUGGUGCUUCUUUUAUUGUCUAUUUUUUUGUACAUAUUUGCCACUACGUUCAGUAAAUGUUGCUAAUUUUCAUUUAAAACAGGCUGACUUAAGUUUUAGGUCAAAAGUUCGGACGUUUGGAAAUACGUCCAAUCCGUUUGAACUAUUAGAUCAAAUAGAUUGGACGUCUAUUGCUGUCAGUGGCAGCUAAUGGGUUAAAAUGAUACAUCACCUUUUUUCAAACCAUUUUUUGUUUCGACGUAUUGCUCUGUGAUCUGAAACAAUUUUGCCUCUCAACGCACAACAAAAAAUCGAUCUGUUCACAUCAUUGUCAUGUCUUCAGCCAAGCUUGUUGCCGCGGCAACCACGCACGAACGCGCACACGUCAUCGCCCCGAGCUGGAGUGUCCCCCCCCCCCCCUCUCUCUCUUUUGUCAUCUUUAGAAAAACAGAACGUCUCGGUCCAAGUGUACGAGAUAGGAUUUGCCGCGUCAAAGUCUAUUAAUGUCACCUGACGCGUUUGGCUGCGGGUCCUGGUUGUCAUGGCGACAGGCGCUGUCAUCUAACAGGAUGCCAGAUGCCUUCAUGUUGUUUUAAGUGUACCUUGACUUGCGGUGGGUUGUGCAGCGGUAAACUGCUUUUUUGUACUUAAUUUUUGCAUUUUUUUUCAGGUAACAAAGUGUACUUUUUAAAAUAUACAAAUACAACUUUACUGUUUAAACAAAAGGGUUACUGCACUGAGAAAAGCAAAGCGUGUUUUUAAAAGAAUGUAUUGAAAGAAUACAUUUUUUUGAUGUAGAUUUACACUACGCUUGAAUUUGAAACUUAAAAUGCAUCAAUUUAAAUGGAGAAGAAAUGUUUUGCUAUUUUAACUAAAAGAUUAGGUGGAUCAUUUUGAAUCAUUAAAUCAACAUAUUGACAAGACUAUGGAGCUAAGUCCUAGCUAGACAGCGCGCUAAGCUCAGAAAUGACGACGUCCGUGUGGUUUGCUGACUUGAUUCAGCUGCUCUUGACAUCAACACUUGCAGAAUGAAACAAAAAUGAAAUUAAAUAAUUUUGUUCUUCAAUAACAGCAAUUCAAAUUUGCAUUUACAAGUAGCUGCUGAUACAGCAAUAACAAACAAUGAGCAUUUAUCGGUUAGUGUCCGCACAUCAUCAAGAACAAUCACCUAAACCCGCCCUAAGUAUUCGACCACAAUUGAAAACGCACAAUAAACAGUACAAAAGGGGUUAUGUACAGUGGGGCAAAUAAGUAUUUAGUCAA